GGCUUUCAGUUGACUGAGGUUCUCGCAGUUCUGUACUACCUGGUCAACUUAAAGGGUGAUGCAGAAUUAGAAAAGACACUUUACGGAUCCACGCUCGAGGAACGUUCUCAAGUGCUCAGAUUUUUGUCUUUUACAAAUCAUGAAAUUACCCAAAGCACAAUUGCAGUGGUUACAGCAGCUAGAUCCAAUGCGACGCAAGAGCAGUAUGAUGAGAAGCUCUCCCAGUGUAUUGCAUGCUUUGGGUACUUGGAGAACCGCUUGACCGAACACGAGUUUCUCGUGAAUGACCACAUCACAAUUGCCGAUUUGUUCACUGCCACUAUAUGCGCAACUCUGUAUGGAUUUGCACUCGGAAAGGAUAAGUUUGGCGGAUUUUCCAAGCUCAGUGAGUGGCUCUCCGAGGUGUUGCAGCACCCGGUAUUGAAGGGCAAAGUUGGCACGUCAACGUUCGUUGAGAAUACCAUUUCUCUUCCUCCAACUAAUUGA